GGCGACGAAGGUUUACAGGUUCUUCUGAUUGGAAAAGAGGGAAGCCAUGGCCUGGACCUGAGUUUGGCGACACAUGUUUUCCUCAUGGACCAAAUUUGGGACGAAAAUUUGCAGAACCAAGUGGUAUCAAGGGCCUACAGGAUGGGAGCGCAGGCAUCGGUGCAUGUUGAACGGCUUGUCAUGCAAGACACGGUGGAAGAAGCCAUGGAGACCUUGGCGACAGGAAGACUAGGAGGGCCUCAAUUCGAGAUAAAUACCCAGGGGGAUGACUCGGAU